AUGUCGUACAUGUUGCCCCACUUGACCAACGGCUGGCAGGUCGACCAGGCGAUUCAGCACGAAGAGGACAAGGUAGUCUGCGUGCGCUUUGGACACGAUUGGGACCCAACUUGCAUGAAAAUGGAUGAGACUCUUUACUCGGUCGCUGAGAAAUGCCGCAACUUCGCUUGCUUUUACUUGGUUGAUAUUUCCCAAGUACCAGACUUCAACAAGAUGUACGAGUUGUACGACCCAUGCACGGUGAUGUUCUUCUUCCGAAACAAGCACAUUAUGAUCGAUUUGGGAACCGGUAACAACAACAAGAUCAACUGGGCCAUUCAUGACAAGGAAGGUUUUGAAAAUUGA